CUGGAUAAAGCUGAGGCCGCUCUUUCAGUAGCCCCAGGAUACAAAAAAAAGAAAACUUUUCCUGAAGUCUCCAAAUCCAAAUCCAAAACUGAAAAAUGUCACAUCGUUGAAAAGACCUUUACAACAGACGGGGAACAGGAAUCGAACUCCUCUACGGAACUGCUAGAGCAAGCACAGCGUGAGACAAAGGAGAGGGCAAAGAAGGCGAGGGACGAAAAGGCUGCGGAGUUCAGAGGCGCCGCGGUCGAGUGUGGGGGCUCUGCUUAAUC